AUGAAUAAUAAUCGACGAGUAUUUCUAUUGAAACUAAGUUUCAAUGGAGAUGUUAAAAGUUUUUCAAUAGUUACCUUCCAUUUAUUUGAAGAUAUAAUAAAAUGCACGGGAAAAGGACUGGAAGAAGAUGACUUGAUUCAACCGACAUCAGUAUGGAUCACAUACGAUUGUCGGUCGAAAAAAGGUCAUCUAGGUGUGCGAUUUCAAUCAGCAGCAGGAAAAGUGGACUUGGCACAGAUGUUGAUCGAUCUAUCAACAAAAAAGGAACAAUAUGAAUGGCAACUUCGGCCAGAUGAAGUUGAUCAUUUUUAUAACCUAAUUAAAAAUGAUCAGCAACAACUGCCUAUGUUUAGUGAAGCUAUGGGUAAUAUAAUUAUUGGCAAAUGUUGA